CAGAUUGUUUCAAGAAAAAGUCCAGAGGAUGUCCAGGAGUCUCUUACUACAGUUGAGGAGAACCUGGAUAGUUGAUGAAAGAAGAGCCCAUAAAUGAAUUCAUUGCAUCUCUGUGUGGUCAAACAUGAGUUACUGAUAGUGGCUUGGCAGAGGGAGACUCCUGAAUUGAACCUAUCCAUGAGCACAUUCUGCCAUUACCUUAAUCUUCAUUUGUGGGAAAAACACUUUAUAGCAGCUGUUGAUGAGCCAUUCAUCAGAAAAAUAUAUUAUAGUCGUUUGGAAGAGAUACAGUGACUUUAAGAAACUGCACAAAGAUCUCUGGCAAAUUCAUAAAAACCUAUGCAGACAUACAGAACUCUUUCCACCUUUUGCCAAAGCAAUAGUAUUUGGGCGAUUUGAUGAAACUGUGAUUGAAGAAAGAAGGCAAUGUGCUGAAGAUCUGUUGCAGUUUUCUGCUAAUAUCCCUGCUCUCUAUAACAGCAAACAGCUUGAAGAGUUUUUUAAGGGUGGAGAGGUACAUGAUGGGUCUGAACUGAUUGGUCCCGUCGAGCCUCUGUCCGACUCUCUGACUGACAAUCUGUCUGACUGUAGCUCUGAAGUUCGAAAGGAUUUAAGUGGGCUUGAUGAUGUGACACUUACGAGCCAAUCGGAAUGCGGAGGCUUCUCCAGCGACAGCGACCUGAUCUCUCUGACAGUCGAUGCAGACUCUCUUGCUGAGUUAGAUGAUGGAAUGGCAUCCAACCAAAGUUCUCCCAGUAGAGCUGUUGGCCUUUGCCUUACUUCUGAACCCCCAGUACGAAGCACACUGGCACCUGAGCAGGAGUGGAGCAAACCCGAAGGAGAGAGGGAAAGCCAUAGUCUGUUUACUGGAAGCUUAAAACCCAGGCCUGGCAAACAAGAUUACUUGGAGAAAGCAGGCGAGUUGAUAAAACUGGCCUUGAAGAAGGAGGAGGAAGAAGAUUAUGAAACUGCCUUCAGCUUUUAUAGAAAGGGGGUUGAUCUGCUUCUGGAAGGUGUUCAAGGUGAGUCAAGUCCAACUCGUCGAGAAGCAGUGAAAAGGAAGACUGCAGAAUACCUUAUGCGUGCAGAAAAAAUUUCCAGUCUCUACCAUAAAUCCUCUGAAGAUGCAUCUGUUUCUAUGCCUCCCGGAUCACUAAGUUCAAGGCCCUCUUGGAACCUAAGGAGCCCUGCCGAGGAACUGAAGGCCUUCAGAGUCCUUGGGGUGAUUGACAAGGUUUUGCUUGUAAUGGACACUAGAACACAGCAGACUUUUAUACUGAAGGGUCUAAGGAAAAGUAGUGAGUACAGCAGGAGCAGAACGACCAUCAUCCCCCGCUGUGUGCCCAACAUGGUGUGUCUGCACAAGUACAUCAUCUCUGAGGAGUCUGUCUUUCUCGUGUUACAGCAUGCAGAAGGAGGAAAACUGUGGUCUUAUGUCAGUAAGUUCUUAAACAGAAGUCCUGAAGAGAGCUUUGAAAUUCCUGAACCCAGAACAUCCAGUUCAACUAAAAUUUACCUGGAGCAGCCAACACCUAGUCCUAAAGAAAUCGGUAGCAGCACUGAUUCCAGAGAAAGCUACGGGGAGACCAUGCUGAAGGUGGUCCCACUGAAGAGCAGCCUAACGCCGAGCUCUCAGGAUGACAGCAGCAACCAGGACGAUGGCCAAGAGAGUUCGAAGUGGAUGGACUCAGGAUCCAGCUCAGAAGAAGAGUGCACUACUAGUUAUUUAACAUUAUGCAAUGAAUAUGGGCAAGAAAAAAUUGACUCUGGCUCUCUAAAUGAGGAACCGGUGGUUAAACUGGAGAGCGAAGGUCUAAAUACCAAAAAGAGAAGUUGCUUACAGAAAUGCAGUGUCGUUGGCAGUGAUAGCUUCACCUCUCAGACUGCAUCUCAGGAACGAAAGCUUUUCAUUGACAAUGCUGAGUCGGAAAUAGCUAGCCCUACUAGGAUAUUGGACUCAUUAACUAAAUCAAAGAACAGCCCCAUGGAACUCUUCAGAAUAGACAGCAAAGAUAGCACUAGUGAGCUCCUGGGCCUUGAUUUUGGAGAAAAACUAUAUAACCUGAAAUCAGAGCCUUUGGAGCCGUUGUUUUCUGUCCCAGACCAUGACAGAAGCUUGGAUGCCCUAGAGAGCAAAAUGGGUGUGAGAGCUCAUGACACCGUAAGCAGGGGUUCAAAUGACUCUGUGCCAGUUAUCUCCUUUAAGGAUGCUGCUUUUGAUGAUGUAAAUAGCGUUGAUGAAGGAAGGCCUGAUCUCCUAAUAAACUUACCUGGUAUGUCUGAUGAACCAGAAGAGGCGGCAGUGUCAAGGCCAACAAAGUUUACAAAAACUGAUAGGGACAUGUUGGAAGUAAAGUUGUUAGAAACACCUGAUGUCUUACAAUUAAAUAAUUCUGCAGAGCCAUGCAAAGCAGUUGAUGAAGAGCCAAAUCAUGUGGCAUCAGAAGUGGGUGAUCCUUCCCGCAGGGAAGCAAACGGACAAAGCGGUGUCGCUCAGGGAGCUCUUGGGACCCUCUUUACAUCUGACCAAGAGGUAGGUUGUUCAGAAGAUGGGGCUCUGUUUCAAGGGCUUGGAGCCUGCUCCUUAAACGUGACGAGCAAAGAAGAAAGUUUAUUUGUUUCCAACCCGCUCUCAGGUGCUCAAGAUGUUGGCUUGGAUGGAGACAUGUUAAGAAAUGAAGCAGUGUUGCUGUUUUCCGAUCAAACCGAAGACUUUGGGAAAGGGGAAACAGACUCGGCUUUGUUGCCAGCAGCUGAUAGUAAAAAGACAGCACCAAAGAAGGAAGGCAAAAUAGCAGUAGCAGGGGAGAAGGAAAUACAUCAAAUUUUUCAGGACCUCGACGAAAGAUUAGCGAUAACCUCCAGGUUUCAUAUCCCAGAGGACUGCAUUCAAAGAUGGGCAGCUGAAAUGGUUGUAGCCCUCGAUGCUUUACAUAGAGAAGGAAUUGUGUGCCGCGAUUUGAACCCAAACAACAUCUUAUUGAAUGAUAGAGGACACAUUCAGCUAACGUAUUUUAGCAGGUGGAGGGAGGUUGAAGAUUCCUGUGACAACGAUGCCAUAGAGAGAAUGUACUGUGCCCCAGAGGUUGGCGCUAUCCUAGAAGAGACAGAAGCCUGUGACUGGUGGAGCCUGGGUGCCAUUCUUUUUGAACUCCUCACCGGGAAGACUCUGGUUGAGUGUCAUCCAUCAGGAAUAAACACUCACACUUCUUUGAGUAUACCAGACCAUGUAUCAAAGGAGGCCAGAUCACUGAUUCAGCAGCUUUUGCAGUUUAAUCCUGCGGAGCGUCUUGGUGCUGGCGUUGCUGGUGUUGAAGACAUCAAAUCUCAUCCAUUUUUUGCCCUUAUAGAAUGGGCAGAUCUGCUGAGAUGAGAGAUGCGUGCCCUCUGAACAAACUCAGGUCAAGCGGAUAAGUUUCUCUGGCACAGAAGCACCCUGACUUGCUUCCUUUGGAUGUCUCAAACCAUUUGGACGUCAUGACUAAAGGACGCUGGAGCAAUCAGGCCAAAAGUGAACACUUUUAACAGGAGUCACUGGUUGUACAGGGUGCUAGCUUAUUUUUCCGGCAGCUGGUUGCUACGUGUGUGUAAGUCUUUUCACCAAAGGGUGGUUUGUGAUGAAACUCCUGGGCAGAGCACGUUUAGCAUUGCCAGCUUGUUGACUAAGUAGAAACAGGAAUGUGCUCCUGGUGCUUUGUCUGAUGAUGGAAGUGUCCAUAGACCGUGCCAGUUGCAAGUAUCUUUUAUAGUGUCACUAGACCAUUUCCCUAUGCUAAGUGCAGCUCUGGGAGGGCGGGGGGAGGAAGGAGCAAAUAAUUUAUUAAUGGUAUAUGCUGAAUAAAAUACUAAAAUGCUUUAUGCAAAAGUUGACAGGUUAAAAAUAAUAUCUCAAUUAAAAACUAGGAAAGCUGUUGCAUAAUACUGUGGAAUGUGUCUUGAAAAUGGCAUAUCAUUUCCCACUGUGGGAAGAGCAUAUAAAAGGCAAAUAAUGCUGUCAAAUGUUGUACUUUGCUGGCUGGCAAUGUCUGUUCAAAACUCUUGACUCUGUUGUAUUUGAUGAGCUACAUGUUAAAGUCACUACCAAAAGGGAAAUCUUCUUUUCCUCAGCCGGAUAAACACUGCUUUAGCACUCUAACAAGGAGCAAGAAAACAUAAUGCUAAAUAAAUGUAUAGAUUAAAAAAGGAAAAACUCUUCUCUCAUCACUGCAGCCACCACUUUAUCACUUAAUGAACUUUACUUCCUCUAAGUGUCCUAUUUUUAGCUGCUACUUCAGGAAAAAACCUUUCUGCUCGUGCUCUUCUGCUUGAGGAAGCUUCUGAACUCUCCUGUUUGUUUGUUAAUAGUCUUAAUAAAUCAAAGAAAGCCUUCACCCACUCUGCUGCUCGAACAGGAAGAAGCCUGGGGUUUGCUCAUGCCAAAUGACUAAGUGACAUCUCUGAGCAAACCCUAGUGGGUAAGACUUGGGCGCGAGCCAAUUAGCUGACCUGUUUGUUUGUUAGAAAGGUCUGGAGAAUGGGAGAAGAAUAUCAGACGUGCAGAAUAUUUUGCUGGGCGCUGCUGUUGCUGCUAAGCAGCCAUGCUUGUAUGGGUUCCUGACGUACAAAUGCCGUACGCUGCGAUGCUUGUACAGAUUAUGGAUCUGUGGGUUUUUUCCUAAAUGUUCCCUUUGCUCUCACUGUUUUUUUUUUUUUCUUCCCCUUUUUCUUCUUCUCCCCAGCUUUAUCCGGAGAACAAAGGGCAAAUUCCUUUGGGACAGUGAGGUGACAGCAAUGAUUAUUGAAUUUACAACUAAAAAAAAAAAAAAAAAUAUCCCUCCAUUUGUAUUUUAGCAGUGUAUUUUAUGGGCACUCCCAAAAGUGCAUCUGCACAGUCUCCAUCUGUUAGACACCAGGUCGGUGUAUUCAAAUAAAGUGGAAAAGGAAAAUGCUUCACUUAAACAAAGGAAAUCUGGAAACUUUUUUUUCCUUUUUAAAUUAUUCCGCUCCCCUCUUUUUUUUUUUUCUUCCCUUUCUUGUGAUCACCAGGCCAGCAGAGGGGCUGUAACAACACUGCAGGUUGUAACCAGGUCACUAGUAUCACUGCCUACGGAGUGCUGUCCAAGAUUACAUCACUCUCAGAAACUGUGUUUCAACCUACCACCCUCUGGCUUCAUAACAGGAACUCCCUCAGGUGAGCCACAGGAACAACUUCCUGCGCCGAGCGGGUCGGAAAUCUCUAAUGCGGAGACCAAGCUGAUCCAGAGCUUCCUUCCAGCACUGCCCUGGCUGUGACUUUGGAGAGGGCUCGUCGCUCAAGGGAAGCCUGCCUUCCCUCAGCCACCUGACGCCAUCCCUGGGGCUCUCUAGCCCGGCCACCAGAUAAUGUCGUUGCCUGUGUUGAACUGUCCCAUCGCAUUUGCCUGGCGACAACUGUAAAAAAAAUAUUUUCCAAGUUACUUUAAAAUGGUCUCUUGUUCAGGUUGCGCCCGUGUGCCGGUUGCAAGUAAAGGAGGGGUAAGAUAGCACAGGAGCACAAGCUGGUUUCUGUGAGCCGCAGAAGGAAAACGCUGUUCUCGCAGAAACCAGAUGACCAGUCACUCUCACUGCAAAGCAUUUGGUUUAGUUAGUGACACAGAAAUAUUUCAAGUAUGUUAGUAGUGAGGAACUCUAGAUCACGGAGACUAGAAGGAAUGGGGCACUUGGCAGGAUGGCUUGCCAGAAAUGAGCCUUUGAGAUGCUACAAGUUUUCGUAACCUUACCACUGACCCAGAUAAUGGUUUUGCUAAAGGAAGCACAGUCUGGAGUUAAUAGCACAAAAAAAUCCUGCUUCUAUCUUUGUUUUUUUUUUCCUUUAACGUGUAUUAUGUUGUAUAGGUGUUUACAUGUAUUCCUUUAAUAAACAAAACCUUUCAAGCC